GCCGUUCGAGGAGAACGUAGUUUCGAUCUGCUGCGUUUUGUCCGUACAACAACCAAAGCUGUUAAAUAAGCAAAAUUUUCCAUGAAUAGUAAUACUCGUUAAUUUAGCAUAUUUCGCGGCGUUUUCCCUUGACCCAUCUUCAGUAGUAGCGAUGCUAUCGAAGCGCAUGUUUGGGUGGUGAUGUGCAAGAACUUUCAAUCGGAGAUACGAUUUCAUAUUUGAUGAGAUUAUGAAAAUUUUAACAACGUGAAAUGAAAUGUUAUUUCCAGGGCAAUGAGAUAGGCGAAAAAUUAGUUUCACGGGAAAAUUACGUUAAAUCGAGAGAAAUGUUCUGAAACGUAUCUUGGUUUCAUUUUAUAUGAUCAUAUUCAAGUUAUUACGGAUAUCAAUUGUUGGAUUUAAUGCAUCAUUAGACAGCAUGAUUCAUACAACACACUCACUUUUCCACACUGUACUCAAAUCGCCGGCUGCAAGUUCCGCACCUAGUAUUGACUAUCGAGGCACAGACCACUGCGCUCAUUGGCCACAUCACAGCGCAUUACAUUAAUUCUUUGCCGAACAGCAUGGCUGCCGUCCCGGUUUACUCAUAAAUAUUCUCGAGAAAUUUCAAAUCUCUGCUUUUUGUGUUCACACCUCACUGAUAGUCAGUUGUUCUACGGCAUACGGUUAGGUUUGAGUAUUAGAAGUGCAUCGCAGAGAACUCAGUUUCAAUUAUCAGUGUUUUGUUUACAAACAAAUUGGUUGUAUCUGUUGAAUUGGUAUUGACGAACCCGUAGUGAUUAGUUUAUGAGUGCGAUCUGCGUUGAGAGACGUAGUUAGUGGUUUUCCAUUACCAGAGCAGAGCAAAAAUGAGUGAUUUAGCAAGCACCUCAAGUGAUAUUGGAGGGUCUACAGUGGCGGCAGUACCUCCCAGCGAGAGUGACAAUCUGUUGGACGACGCGAAUAGAUCUAGCAACAGCGCCGAAAUGGCUGGCGCCAGCAAGGAGCAAUCAUUGGAAAAAGUUGAACUAGAAAAAGCACCACCGUCAACCGACCAUGAUAGUAUUGUAUCCAUGCUGUAUUCCUUUACCAAGAAGGUGGUCACAGUGGGUAUCAUCUAUUGCGUUGGCUACAUGGGCUGGUCGGUAGCGUGGCUAAUUACGCCGGUGAUCCUUUCGGUAGCACGCGACCAAUGGCGCAAGAAAAACGAAACUCGUCGAAAUGUGGCCAAAGCAUCGGCACUGGCGAGUGACAAGGAUGUCAUUUUGGCACGUCUGGGCGAUUUACCCGCUUGGGUUUUCUUCCCAGAUGUUGAACGUUGUGAGUGGCUAAACAGGAUUCUGAAACAAGUGUGGCCCAAUGCAAACUUCUACGCCAAAGGACUCAUAAAAGACUCAAUCGAGCCCAACAUUCAACAGGCUCUAGCAGGGUAUAAGCUGAAUGGCUUCAAAUUCGACCGCAUGAUUUUAGGAACGAUUCCUCCUCGUAUAGGUGGAGUGAAAGUGUACGAUAAGAACGUGUCACGUAAUGAAAUCAUAAUGGAUUUGGAUUUGUUCUACGCCGGUGACUGUGAUAUCAACUUUUCCCUGAGUGGAUUACGAGGUGGAAUCAAGGAUUUCCAGAUCCACGGUACGGUGAGGGUUAUUAUGAAACCGUUGAUCUCCCAGAUGCCGCUCAUUGGCGGUCUGCAAAUUUUCUUCCUCAACAAUCCGCAUAUCGAUUUCAACCUGGUCGGGGUGGUGGAUCUGCUCGAUAUGCCUGGGCUCAGUGAUAUAUUGCGAAAGAUUAUUGUGGAACAGGUGGCUGCCAUCAUGGUGCUGCCGAAUAAACUACCAAUCAUUCUGAACGAUGGUGUGCCCGCGCUGACACUCAAAAUGCCAGAACCGGAGGGAGUCCUUCGAAUUCAUGUGGUGGAAGCCAAAGAUUUGAUGAAGAAAGAUAUCGGUGUUUUGGGAAAAGGCAAGUCAGACCCCUAUGCCAUUAUAUCCGUUGGCGCUCAACAGUUUCGCACGCAAACGAUAGACAACACGGUUAAUCCCAAGUGGGACUACUGGUGUGAGGCUGAGGUUAACGCUACGAUAGGUCAAGAAAUUGAGUUCAACCUAUGGGACUGGGACCCGGGAUUUCCAGGCGUCCAGAAUGACGACUUUCUCGGCAGGGCCACGGUUGAGAUCAGCAGUGUCACGAAGAACGGAGAAAUCGACACGUGGUUAACUCUUGAACAAGCCAAACACGGAUUGGUGCAUCUACGAAUGACUUGGUUUGCCCUAAGCACUGAUCGAAAUGCACUAAAAGCGGCAUUGGAAGAGACUCAACAACUUCGGGUUACGUCAAUGAGCACUGCUUUGUUGACUGUUUUCAUUGAUUCUGCCAAAAAUCUUCCCCAAGCCCGUCAGCAAAGCCAACCAGAUCCGUACCUAGUUCUGAGUGUCGGAAAGAAAACCGAACAAACAACACCACAGAUGAGAACCGAUGCACCCGUAUGGGAACAAGGGUUCACCUUUCUGGUUAACAAUCCAGACAACGAUACGCUCCAGCUUAAAAUAGUCGAUCAAAAGACCGGAAGCUCUCUCGGAACUUUAACCUAUAUAUUAAGCGCCUUGCUGGGGAAACCGAACAUGGAGCUGAUGUCACAACCUUUCCAGCUGUUGAAAUCGGGACCGGAAUCAAAAAUACUAAUGUCGUUAUCGUUGCGCAUUCUAAAACGCAGCUCUGAUAAACUCGACGAUGCUGUUUCCGACAAAACAUCUGCAUCCGAGGGAUAUGGAGGAAAUAGCUCUCUAUCACGAUCCAGUUCAGUUAGAACAGCUCCUACCGUUGUUCCUGAUUCGACUACGACGGAUUCGAAUGCCAGUGCUUCGUUAAAGAAACAGGAAUCACGAAUAUCUGGAAUCAUUGAUCAAAUGUCCGUCCAGGAUGAACCAUUUUUUGUAUCAACAUUGAAUACAGUAAUGAUGGCUACCCCACCAAGAAGUCCAAAUCUUAGCGAGAAUGGAAAUGAAUUGUUACGCCGUAGUCCAAGCACUACUUCUAGCGCAGGGUCAGCUGGUUUGGGACGGAUUCAGCUAACGAUUGCCUACAGUGUUCAACGACAGCGACUGCUUGUGAUCAUUCACAAAAUAAACCACAUCCCACUGAAGGACCCAUCAAAUAUUCCGGACCCUUACGUUAAGCUGUAUUUACUCCCAGGUCGCACAAAGGAAUCGAAAAGAAAAACCAAUGUGGUGAAAGACAACUGCGAUCCAGUGUUCGAUGCUACAUUCGAAUACAUCAUUUCAAAUGCUGAGCUGGUCAACUCGGAAUUGGAAAUAACAGUCUGUACACAAAAAGGCUUUUUCGGAAGUCCUGUUAUAGGAAUGCAAAAAAUUGCGCUAAGUGAUCCAGAUAUAUCUUCGUCACAUGGGCUGAAAACUUGGUACGAUCUUCUACCCGAGUCGAAGUUCGAAUGAACUGUGUUAUGCGUACUUCUUAUUGAGCUUAGCUUAACGUCCAUCAGUAAAUCAUUACAUUAUAUUUUAUCACAAAUGAUACUUAGGCAGAUAAAAAUUUUAUUGUUAAAUAUGAUUACUCCAUGUUACCGUAAUUUUAAAAAUUUUAAAUUUGCUGCUGUGUCCUUGUAAUAUACCCCACAUUGCUCAUGGGAAUAAAAGUUAAAUUUUUUUCUCCAAAACUAGCACAAAUCUCUUUUUGAGCACUCAUUAAAUACAGUUACCAUAGAAUUGAUUGUUAAUUCUCUGAACGCAAGUAUGAACAAUUGAACAAUGAACAAAUAGUUGUCUCCAAAACGUGUCAAUUAAUAGGAAAAUCCACCACAGUGCGAGCGAAACCGGCUGUACCGUGAAUAAAACAAUAGUGGACAAUGGUCCGUUUCGAAUCCCUAACAAUCACAAAUGAAAAAUACACAAAAUCAUGUUUGCUCCAUUAGUUACUGCACCUAGCGGCCUUUAGCACGGAAAGUAUGUCGCUAACGGCGAACAAACAAUUUGAACAUAAAAAAGUUGAAUGCAUAAUUUGAGAGCUUACAAUUUGAACAAUCAUACUCACUCGGCUUUGUAGGUACCGUGAUAAAUCUCAUUAUAAAUAUAUGUAUAAAUAAGGAUUUUUUUAAAAUAUUGAUAAUCAAACUUUACCGGACAACAGCAUUGAAACACAACUUUGCUUAUGAAAGAAUGCACAGAAAUACAAACGACUAUUAUUAUAAAAUAUUGAAGGUAUGAAAAUAUAUUUCAAAUAAAUUUCAAAA